AUGUCGCAACAACAAAAACGAAAACAUACUACUUUAACCUUGGUCGAGAAACUAGAAAUUUUAAAUAAAUUAGAAAAUGGUGACAAAUUACGCAAAACAUUAAAAACUGGCGAGUUUCCUGAAGUUGAAGAUGCCUUGUAUUUAUGGUUUUUGCAAGAACGUAAUCGACACACACCUAUUUCCGGCGAAAUUUUGAAAGAGAAAGCCAAGUAUUUUUACAAAAGAAUCGCACACAAAGAUCAAAAAGAUGAUUUUCAAGCUAGUGACGGUUGGCUAGAUAAAUUUAAAAAUCGUUUUGGUCUGAGAUUAUUGUGUAUGGCGGGAGAAAAACUGUCGUGUGAUGUUAACAGUGUUGAACCGUACAAAGAAAAAUUUCAAAAAGUUAUUCAAGAAUUAUCAUUAACGCCCGAUCAAGUUUACAACGCAGAUGAAAGUGGUUUGUUUUGGCGUCUUUUACCGAAAAAAACAUUUGUUCACCGUGAAGAAUCGAAUGCUCCAGGACGAAAAAUAGCCAAAGACAGGAUAACUUUUAUGCCUUGUUCAAAUGCAAGUGGCACUCAUAAAUUAAACUUAUUAGUUAUUGGUAAGGCAAAAAAUCCUAGAGCUUUUAAAAAUGUAAAAAUUCCUGUUGAUUACAAAAAUCAAAGCAAAGCAUGGAUGACCAAGUCUGUUUUCGCCGAAUGGUUUCAUGAAACAUUUGUACCUGCAGUGGAAAAAUUUAAUAAAAAACAAAACUUAUCUAAAAAUGCCUUGCUUAUCGUAGACAACUGCCCUGGCCAUCCUAUUGACGAUUUAAAUCACAGAUUUAUCCGUGUAAUGUUUCUUCCACCUAAUGUUACACCAAUUCUGCAACCAAUGGAUCAGAAUGUCAUUCAGACAGUUAAAAUGCACUAUAAGAAGAGUCUGUUGUACAAAGUUUUGUCUACAGAUGACUGUGUGAUGAAAUCUUUAAAAGAAAUUAAUUUAAAGGAUGUAGUAUUUUCUCUUGCGAAUGCUUGGUCAAAUGUAAGUAAAAAGGUGAUUGUUUGUUCAUGGAAAAAUUUAUGGCCAAACAUGUGUUUAUUUGAACAAUACAAAAAGAAAACUGCUCUCAACCUAAAAGAUGAUGAAGAAAAUUUUAGUACUGAGUUAAAUGAAUUACAAGUUUCGAUUGCAGAAAAACUCAUGGACAAUGAGGAACAAAACCAACUAAAAACAGACGAUAUAAGGCGAUGGAUCGACGGCGAAGAAGAAGAAAAUAACCAGUUCUUGACAGAUGAUGAUAUAGUCGAGGAAGUGAUGGCCGAAGAAAAGGAUAAUGAUGGGAAUUAUGACGACAAAGAAGGAGAAUUAGCUGUUCAAACCAUAACUCACUCCACUGCAAUAGAUUCCUUUACUACGUCUAUUACAUGGGCAGAAGAGAACGGAGUAGAUGCACGUGAUAUUCUGGUGCUUAAGCGACUUCAAGAAGAAGUAUUAAAGGCAUCAUUUCAAACAAAAAAACAAAAAAAAAUUGAUGACUUUUUAAAACCGGUCCAGUCAAAAUAUUAA